UUCGCAUAGACACCAUUCCGCAAAAUGAUACCGAAUGUUUAUCUGUUCCUUGUAAUUCUAAUAUUUUUUAGUGUUGAAUCCCAAUCUCAAUGUAAUCGAGAUCCUACUACCAACUGUGUAGUUUAUGAUGGUUUGCACUUAAAAAUCUUUGAUGGAUCACUUUUGAGUUAUGAUUCAAAGUGUGGGUACACUCUUGUUUCGAUCAAUUCAAAAGGAAUCAAUUUGGAAAUAAAUCUUCUUCAAAAUGUACAAACUUUACAAGUAAAGUAUGCCGAGCAUGUCUACGAUGUUAAAAUUACAGGUGCAGCAAUUGAAGUUAAAAUAGAUGGAAAUGUACAAAGUAUUCCUCAUGAUUUGUCUGGAGUGUCCAUUAGUAAACCAGGAGCUAUGGUUGUUGUGGAAAUUAAAGAUUUGGGAUUAAAAAUACGAUACGAUGGAAGGACUGCAGAAGUUAUUCAACGGAAUCAAUUUAAUGAUCGUGCAAUGUUGGGAAUGUGCGGAAAUAAUGAUGGAUGCAGUGGAAAUGAUAUGGUAAUGAAGAAUGGUGGAAUUGCUGGAAAUAAUCUUCAAUUUGCUGAUAGCUGGAGUAUAGGUGGAUGUAGAUCUGGAAAUUAUCUUAAUAGUUGUGGAACUAAUCGUCAUUUUUACACACAAGCCCAAAAUUUUUGUAAUGAUCUAUUUAACGAUCAGAAAUUUACAAAAUGCAGUGCAUUCAACUCCCAAUUUAUGAAUAUUUGUACAUCAAAUUAUUGUAAUUGUAAAUUGGCAAAUAGAAAUGAUUGCAUGUGUGAUAUGCUGGACGUCUACGCUAGAACCUGUCAAAUUAAAACCAACGAUAUUAUUAGUUGGAGAAAUUCAACACUUUGUCCAAUUAACUGUAGAAAUCAAGAACAACAAUACAUGACUUGCGCUCCUAAUAAACGGCAAUUAUCGUGCAAUGAAAUAGAAACAGAUACUUCAAAUUUGGAUUGCGAGGAAGGCUGUUAUUGUCCUAAGGGAUUACGUUUACAGGAGGAUAGAUGCCUAUUUGUCGAAGAGUGUGAUUGUUACUACAACAACGUAGCAUACAAAUCUGGAACAUCAAUAGCUCAAGAAUGCAAUAUGUGCACUUGUAGAAAAGGACAAUGGAUGUGUACAACUAAAACCUGUCAAGUUGAAGCCAGUUGCUAUGCUGAUCCACAUUACACGACUUUUGAUGGUAAAAAAUACGACUUUAUGGGAAAAUGUAUGUAUUAUGUGGUGCGAGGAAAUGGAUUUGAUGUUAUUUGCGAUCAUUAUAUUAUAUGGAAUGGAGCAUUUGUUAAAGAUGAAAAAUCAUCUAUACCAUCAUAUUGCGCAAAAGUUAUUGUACAACUAAGAGACCACAUCAUUGAAUUGGAACAGGGUCGCAAACUAAAAUUAAAUGGCUUCAGACUUGAACGAUUACCUUUUAAUUCUCCAUUAUUCCGAAUUACCGAACCGAGUAGUCAAUUAGUCUCAGUUUCAUUAAGAAAUAACGUUGAUGUUAAUUUUAAUGGUGAUUCUUGGCUCAUCGUUAAAAUACCUACCACAAUGAUAGGAAGAGUGAGCGGAUUAUUUGGAACUUACACAAAAUCGCAAGCUGAUGAUUUCCUAAUGGCUAAUGGUUCUCUUACGACUGAUCCGAAUUUGUUUGGCCAUUCUUGGAAAGUCCCCGGAAGCUGUGCAAAUGAAUAUACAGGACCAGUAUAUCAUCCAUGUAGCAUAAAUCCAGAAAAUCGCGAGAAAGCUGAACAAGCUUGUGCUCCAUUAAAAAGUAAUCUAUUCGCAGAUUGUCUUGAAGAUAUUGAGACAAAUUACGAAAAUUGCGUUUAUGAUGGCUGCGAAUGCGUCGAUAAAAUAAAAACUUGCGUUUGCAAUUUCUACGCGUUACAAGCAGCGAAAUGUGCUGCGAAAGGCAAACCGGUGGAUUGGCGAAAAACAAUCACUCAAUGCCAAGUUCAAUGUCCCGCAGGGCAAACGUACCAAACAUGUGAGAAUUCUUGCACUCGCACCUGCGAUGAUAUUAGCACCAAUUCACCAUGCGAGUCGUCUUGCCUUGAAGGUUGUAAUUGUCCAGAAGGACAAACAUUAAAUGAAAAAAAUCAAUGCAUUCCAAUUAAUAAGUGUACUUGUCUUUGGAAAGAUGGAAGAUACAAUCCUGAAACGACCUUUAUAAACGGCGAAAAUAAAUGCACUUGCUCUAAUGCUAAAUGGAAUAUAACAACUACUACUGCAGAUGAUAAAUUGAAAUACCCGGACUUAAAGGACCUAAAGAAACGAUGCAAUGCGGAUGAUUUUAUGACUUAUACAGGCUGUAAACGAGUGAAAAGUGUGAUUUGCCAGUUGCAUAAAUUAUUUAAUAUAUGGAAACAUCUCAAUGAGGAUUCAAAUUAUAAUAAUUGUCAAAGUGGAUGUCAAUGUUCCGAAGGAUUUGUUUUUGAUGAAGAAUUAAAUACUUGUGUUAGACGCGAAGAUUGUCCGUGCAUGUAUAAAGGAAUUAGUUAUGCGGAUAAAACAACAAGAAAUGAUAGAAAUCAAACCUGUGUUUGCAAAGAUGGAUUUUGGGCUUGUAAUCCAUCAGCAGAUCAUUGGGAAAAAUGUAGCAUUUGGAAUAACAUUCAUAUAAGAACUUUUGAUGCAACAGUAUAUUCUUUUAAAGGAAACUGCGAAUAUACACUUUUCGAACAUUCACUUCCAACUGGUGGAGUAUUUAGAGUAACAGUAACGACGGCACAAUGUAAUGUUGGUUCAUGUAUUAAGAGUGCUAAAAUUUAUUACAAAGAUACAACGGGUCGUGAAGAUAUUGUAACAUUUGUAGUUGGUCAAGAAUUCGUUCCACCUGGUUUGUUAGCGAGUCUUGUUAUUACAGAUUUAGAUCUUUCUGUUAUGGUUGAUGUUAUUGGAAUGGGAAUAAGAGUUGUUUGGAAUAAAGGAGGUUGGUUACAUGUACAUGUUUCUAGAGUUUGGGUUACAUGGAAUCAUGUUGGGUUAUGUGGAAAAUACGAUGAUAAUCCCAAUAAUGAUUUGACAACUCCAAACAAUCAGAAUGAUGUUACGGAGUUGGUUGAUUAUUAUAGAGUUGAUAAAUCAUGUCCUGGUUGUACUCAAUUGAAAGAAGUAAAUUUAAUGCCUAUAGAAAACCCAUGCGAAAUUUUAUAUAGUAAUGUUUUUAAAACAUGUCGGUUCCUAACACCCGUUAAUGAGUACUAUAAUAGAUGCUUAAUUGAUGCUAGUUUACAAUUACUUAUACCAGAAAAUCAACGUUAUAAUUAUUAUUGUCAAACAUUAUCGGCCUACGCCCAAGAAUGUAAUGAUGUUGAUGAACCCGUCGAGUGGAGAACAAACGAUAUUUGUCCGUAUAACUGUAAACCUAACAAAGCGUAUUAUUCAUGUGAAACACCUUGUCCCAAGGAUACUUGCGAAAAAGAUAAUAAUUGUCCAGAUAGAUUAUGUUCAGAAGCUUGCAAUGUUUCACCUUGCCCAUUUAAUUUAAUUUAUAAAGACUCGACAUACACAUAAUGCGUACCUAAAAAUCAA